AUGAGCUCGAGAGAGGGCAUGACAUUUAAAUUCCACUCUGGAGAGAAAGUGCUGUGCUUCGAGCCUGACCCCACGAAGGCGCGAGUCCUUUACGAUGCCAAGAUUGUCGACGUUAUUGUUGGCAAAGACGAGAAAGGCAGAAAGAUCCCAGAGUAUCUAAUCCAUUUUAAUGGUUGGAACAGAAGCUGGGAUAGGUGGGCACCUGAGGAUCAUGUGCUUGGAGACACGGAUGAAAACCGUAGGUUGCAACGCAAAUUGGCACGCAAAGCUGUAGCUCGCCUAAGGAAAGGGAACAAGAAGAAACACUGCAGGUUGCCUGGUGUCGACUCUGUUUUAAAAAGCCUUCCCGUUGAAGAAAAAGAUGAAAAUGCUGAAAAUGCAAUAAGAAGUUCCUCUAAGGACAGCAGUGAGGAAACAGACAAGGAAAUAAGUGAAGAAAGUGAUACUAUAGAAAAAACUGAAGAGAAAAAGAAACCAGAGCUUCACACAAGAAAGGAGAUGGAAGAAAGGACGAUAAGUAUAGAAAUCCCUGAAGUUCUGAAGAAGAAACUGGAGGACGAUUGCUACUAUAUUAACAGGAGGAAGCGGCUGGUGAAACUUCCAUGCCAGACCAACAUCAUAACAAUUUUGGAAUCCUAUGUAAAGCAUUUCGCUAUCAAUGCAGCUUUUUCAGCCAAUGAAAGACCUCGUCACCAUCACAUGAUACCCCACGCCAACGUGAAUGCACAUUACAUCCCAGCAGAAAAGAACGUGGACCUUUGUAAGGAGAUGGUUGAUGGAUUACGAAUAACCUUUGAUUACACACUCCCACUGGUCUUGCUCUAUCCAUAUGAGCAAGCGCAGUAUAAGAAGGUGACGUCAUCCAAGUUUUUCCUUCCUAUUAAGGAAAGUGCCACAAGCACCAGCAGGAACCAGGAGGAGCUCUCGCCCAGCCCGCCCUUGCUGAACCCGUCCACUCCUCAGUCCACCGAAAGCCAGCCUACCACCGGUGAGGUGUCUACGCCCAAGAGGCGCAAAGCCGAGCCAGAAGCCUUGCAGUCUCUGAGGCGCUCCACACGCCACAGCUCCAACUGUGACAGGCUGUCUGAGAGUAGUGCGUCCCCUCAGCCCAAGCGCCGGGCCCAGGACACGUCUGCCAGCAUGCCCAAGCUCUUCCUGCACCUGGAAAAGAAGACUCCUGUGCACAGUGGGUCAUCAUCUCCUAUCCCUGUGACUCCCAGCAAGGAAGCGAGUGCUGCAUUUGCUGGUUUUGAAGGGAGACGAAACAAUGAAAUAAAUGAGGUGCUCUCCUGGAAACUUGUCCCAGACAGUUUCCCCCCAGGGGACCAGCCGCCUCCACCCUCCUACAUUUACGGCUCCCAGCAUUUGCUGCGCCUCUUUGUUAAACUCCCUGAAAUCCUUGGAAAGAUGUCUUUUUCGGAGAAGAAUUUAAAGGCUCUCCUAAAGCACUUUGAUCUCUUUCUGAGGUUCUUGGCGGAGUACCAUGACGACUUUUUCCCAGAGUCUGCGUAUGUGGCCGCCUGUGAGGCGCACUACACCACCAAGAACCCUCGGGCCGUGUACUGA